AUGGCCAGCCCCGUAGAGCCGCUCGCUCCCCGCCCCCACGCCCCCCUGCCAGCGGCCGGGGACGAGCCCGGAUCCGGCCCCGGCAAACUCCGCCCGGAGCCCUGGCGCGGCGUUGCGGGCGGGGGGAGCGCGGUGGGCCCGGGUCGGGCCCCGGAGCCUACCGGCAAAGGCCGGGCCGAGCGCGCCGCGCCCCCGCGCCCGCCCCUCUCCUCCGCAGGCCGCGCCAGCCCCGCGGGGGGCCCGGGCGCCCUGUGUGCGCGCGGCAGCGGCGGCUGGGGCUCGGCCCGCGCUCCCUUCGCGCUCGCCCUCUCCUCCCCUGUCCCCUCCUCCUCUCCAUCUUCCUUUUACUUCUGGCCGCCGCCCCCCCCGCCCCCUCCUUCUCUUCUCCCCUCCUCGUCUGCCUUUCACCUCCCCGUGCGUCUCCCAGGAAGGGAGGGCGCAGCGGCGGCGGCGGCGGCUCGAGGAGGAGGAGGCGGCGGCGAUGCUGGCGGCGGCGGCGGCGGAGGAGGAGGACAAGAGGCAGCUCCCUUGAGCGUCCCUCCCAGCAGUAGUCCCCGCGGCGGCGGUGGCAGCGGCGGCGGGCGGCGGCGGCUCUUCCUCUGCUCCGCGCUCCAGGGUUUGCUGCUCCCAGCCCGCGCCGGGCUCCGGCUCCCGCUCGGCCCGGCCGCCCGCCGCGCGGGCUCCCCCGGCUUCCCGGGUGCCGGCGGGGGCUGCCCCGGCCCCAGUCCAGGCGGCGGCGGCCGAACUCCGCGGCGGCCCGGAGGCGCCGGCUUCGCCCUCGCCGCCGCGUCCCCCCUGCUCUUCGGCUCCGACAUGGAAGAUGGACCUUCUAACAACGCGAGCUGCUUCCGAAGGUUGACGGAGUGUUUCCUGAGCCCCAGUUUGACAGAUGAAAAAGUGAAGGCGUAUCUUUCUCUCCAUCCCCAGGUGUUGGAUGAGUUUGUAUCUGAAAGUGUUAGUGCAGAGACUGUAGAAAAAUGGCUGAAGAGGAAAAACAACAAACCAGAAGAUGAGUCGGCUCCUAAGGAAGUCAGCAGGUACCAAGACACGAAUAUGCAGGGAGUUGUGUAUGAACUCAACAGCUACAUAGAACAGCGGUUGGAUACAGGAGGAGACAACCAGCUACUCCUCUAUGAAUUGAGUAGCAUCAUUAAAAUAGCCACAAAAGCUGAUGGAUUUGCACUGUAUUUCCUUGGAGAGUGCAAUAAUAGUCUGUGCGUCUUCACUCCACCUGGAAUCAAAGAAGGAAAACCCCGGCUCAUCCCUGCUGGGCCCAUUGCCCAGGGAACCACCACCUCUGCCUACGUGGCCAAGUCCAGAAAAACAUUGCUAGUGGAGGACAUCCUUGGGGAUGAGCGAUUUCCGAGAGGUACUGGACUGGAGUCGGGGACUCGCAUCCAGUCGGUGCUCUGUUUGCCGAUUGUCACUGCCAUUGGCGAUUUGAUCGGCGUCCUCGAGCUGUAUCGGCACUGGGGCAAAGAAGCCUUCUGUAUGAGCCACCAGGAGGUCGCGACAGCCAAUCUCGCCUGGGCUUCAGUAGCAAUACAUCAGGUGCAGGUAUGCAGAGGCCUUGCUAAACAGACAGAACUGAAUGACUUCCUACUUGAUGUGUCCAAGACAUAUUUUGAUAACAUAGUCGCAAUAGACUCUCUACUUGAACACAUAAUGAUAUAUGCCAAAAAUCUGGUGAAUGCGGACCGCUGUGCACUUUUCCAGGUAGAUCAUAAGAACAAGGAGUUAUAUUCAGACCUUUUUGAUAUUGGAGAGGAAAAGGAAGGAAAACCCAUCUUCAAGAAGACCAAAGAGAUAAGAUUUUCAAUUGAGAAAGGAAUUGCCGGUCAGGUAGCAAGAACAGGGGAAGUCCUGAACAUUCCAGAUGCCUAUGCAGACCCACGCUUCAACAGGGAAGUGGACUUGUACACGGGGUACACGACCCGGAAUAUCCUGUGCAUGCCCAUCGUGAGCCGAGGCAGCGUGAUCGGCGUGGUGCAGAUGGUGAACAAGAUCAGCGGCAGUGCCUUCUCGAAAACGGACGAGAACAACUUCAAGAUGUUCGCCGUCUUCUGUGCUUUAGCCUUACACUGUGCCAAUAUGUACCACCGAAUCCGCCAUUCCGAGUGCAUCUACCGGGUGACGAUGGAGAAGCUGUCCUACCACAGCAUCUGCACGGCCGAGGAGUGGCAGGACCUCAUGCGCUUCAGCCUGCCCGUGCGCCUCUGCAAGGAGAUCGAACUAUUCCACUUUGACAUUGGUCCUUUUGAAAACAUGUGGCCUGGAAUUUUUGUGUACAUGGUCCAUCGGUCCUGUGGGACCUCCUGCUUUGAGCUUGAAAAGUUGUGUCGCUUCAUCAUGUCUGUGAAGAAGAACUACCGGCGGGUGCCGUACCACAACUGGAAGCACGCCGUCACCGUGGCACACUGCAUGUACGCCAUCCUGCAGAACAACCACGGGCUCUUCACCGACCUGGAGCGCAAAGGACUGCUGAUCGCGUGCCUGUGUCAUGACCUGGACCACCGAGGCUUCAGCAACAGCUACCUGCAGAAGUUCGACCACCCCCUGGCGGCUCUCUACUCCACGUCCACCAUGGAGCAGCACCACUUCUCCCAGACCGUGUCCAUCCUCCAGUUGGAAGGGCACAAUAUCUUCUCCACCCUGAGCUCCAGUGAAUAUGAACAGGUGCUUGAGAUCAUCCGCAAAGCCAUCAUUGCCACAGACCUUGCUCUGUACUUUGGAAACAGGAAACAGUUGGAAGAGAUGUACCAGACCGGAUCGCUAAACCUUAAUAAUCAAUCACAUAGAGAUCGUGUCAUUGGUCUGAUGAUGACUGCCUGUGAUCUUUGCUCUGUAACAAAACUAUGGCCGGUUACAAAAUUGACAGCAAAUGAUAUAUAUGCAGAGUUCUGGGCUGAGGGUGAUGAGAUGAAGAAGCUGGGAAUACAGCCUAUUCCCAUGAUGGACAGAGACAAGAAGGAUGAGGUCCCACAAGGCCAGCUGGGCUUCUACAACGCCGUGGCCAUCCCCUGCUACACGACGCUCACGCAGAUCUUCCCGCCCACAGAGCCGCUCCUCAAAGCCUGCAGGAACAACCUCAGCCAGUGGGAGAAGGUGAUCCGAGGGGAGGAGAGCGCCGUGUGGAUCUCCUCCCAGCCCGCGGCCCUCGGGCCCUCGGAGAAGCUGCCCGUGAGGGCCGACGACUGACGCCCGCGCCGUCCCGCCUGCACCUGCUCGUCCCGCUUCUUUGACUUUUCUUCCUUUUCUUGUCGUGGGGGGAAACCUACACCCGGUGACUCGGCACAAGCCUCUCGAAGAAGG